AUGGAUUCUAACACAAUUAUCGCAAGAUUUUCAAAUGGUGCUGUUGAAGUACCAGUUCCAUCCCCCGCUACUGCCAGAAAUUUGAUAAAUAACUCAAUAAUAGAAAGUAGAACAAUUUUAACCAAUACGAAAACUAAUUCUCAAUACACAAAAAGCUCUUAUUAUCUAUUUCUACUAUCACUAGAGAAUCAAUUAAAUUCGGCUUCAGCAUUAUCAAAGAAAGCUCUUUUAAAUGAUCUUGUUUUGGUGGCGACUUUCAAUUGGAAAAAUGCACCUGAAGAGUAUCGAUGGCGUUUUGAUCAAUUAGCUGAGUUAAUUAAUGGAGACGCUAAUCAUUUAUAUAGAACAGUAAAAUUAAUCCUAAAGAUUAAGAAAUUUCUAAAGAGACUUACUAAACCUGAAACGUACAAAUCACCUCGAUUAAACAUAUCAAAGUUUUCAUCAAAAUACCCUCAAAAAAGACGCCGAGGUUUCAAAAUUAGAAAAUUUCUUGAUGAAUGUUAUGCAUUCCGCAUCUUCUCAAUUGCGCCAGCAACAAAUUAUCAGGCAAACAGACUAAGUAACAGAAUUGCCUAA